AUGCCGCGGGUGUACCUUCUCGACUACGUGGCGGGCAAUGUCCGGAGCCUGGUCAAUGCCAUCGAAAAGGUUGGAUACACGAUCGAAUGGGUCCGAUCCCCAGAAGAUGUCGAGAAGGCAGACAAACUCAUCCUCCCCGGCGUCGGCCACUUCGGCCACUGCAUGACCCAAUUCUCAUCCGCCGGCUACCUGCCCGCGAUACGAAAGCAUAUCGAGUCGGGCAAGCCCUUCAUGGCCAUCUGCGUCGGCCUGCAAGUCCUCUUCGAAGGCUCGUCGGAGAGCUCGGCGGUGCCGGGCAUCGGCCUGAUCAAAGGGCACCUCGAUCGCUUUGACGACACGUCGAAAUCAGUGCCGCACAUUGGGUGGAACGGCGCGAACACUGCCGAGAGGCCGGUCUACGGGCUCCGGCCGAGCUCGAAGUACUACUACGUGCAUUCGUACAAGGUGCCGUACCGGAAGGGGGAGCUGGAGGAUCAGGGAUGGACGGUCGCGACGGCGCGGUAUGGGGAGGAGGAGUUUGUGGGCGCUGUGGCCAAGGGCAGCAUCCUGGCCACGCAGUUUCAUCCGGAGAAGAGCGGCGUGGCGGGCCUGCGAGUGAUCAAGGCAUUCUUGGACGGGAAGCAAGAGGCUGGAGUAGCGGGGAUUGAAGCUGUGCAAGAGGGCUUGACGAGACGAGUUAUCGCAUGCUUAGACGUGCGGACGAACGACCAAGGCGACUUGGUCGUGACGAAAGGAGACCAGUACGAUGUACGGGAAAAGACCGAGGGGGGCAAGGUGAGAAAUCUAGGGAAGCCGGUGGAGAUGGCGAGGAAGUAUUACGAGCAAGGAGCGGACGAGGUCACCUUUCUCAACAUCACCAGCUUUCGAGACUGUCCGCUAGCAGAUCUGCCCAUGUUGGAGAUCCUGCGGAAGACUUCCGAGACGGUUUUCGUACCGUUGACGAUCGGUGGGGGGAUUAGGGAUACCACCGAUACAGAUGGCACGAGAGUCUCCGCGUUGGAGAUCGCCACGAUGUACUUCAAGAGCGGCGCGGACAAGGUGUCGAUCGGCUCCGACGCCGUGGCUGCGGCCGAGGAGUACUACGCUGCUGGCAAACGGCUGUCGGGCAAGACGGCCAUCGAGCAGAUAUCAGGGGCCUACGGCAACCAAGCAGUGGUGGUAAGCGUAGACCCUAAGCGGGUGUACGUCGCCGACGCCAAGUCAACACCUCACCACACGAUCCCGACCGCGCACCCGGGACCGAACGGCGAGUCGUACUGCUGGUACGCGUGUACGAUCCAGGGCGGGCGCGAGACCCGCGACGUGGACGUCGUGCAGCUGGCCACGGCCGUCGAAGCCAUGGGCACGGGCGAGAUCCUGCUCAACUGCAUCGACCGAGACGGCACCAGCAGCGGCUUCGACCUCGAGCUCAUCAACCAGGUCAAGGGCGCCGUCACGAUCCCGGUCAUUGCGAGCAGCGGCGCCGGGCACCCGGGACAUUUCGAGGAGGUGUUCGCGAAGACGCGGACGGACGCUGCGUUGGGCGCGGGCAUGUUCCACCGUGGGGAGUACACAGUCCAGCAGGUGAAGGAUGCGCUUGUGGAGAAGGGGCUAGUGGUUCGCCGGUUAGAGAGCGAGAGCGAGAUGUGA